AUGACAGAACCUGUUGGAGAUAUUAGCGGUUCGCUUAGUCGAUUGCAAAUCGAUGACACCGAAAAACAACAUCAUUCCAGGUCAACGUAUAAGCCGAAGUCUAAAUCCAAGUCCAAAUUCAAAAGAUCAACGAAACAAACUGUUGUUAUUCCAUGUAAAAAAUUUUCGCAUGCACCUGUGAAUUAUGUUCUCGAGAAGAGCCCAAUUCUUUUACGUGACAGCGAAGAGCUUUACACUUGCUCUUAUAAAGUCGACAAGAGCACAUUAUGGAACUCUCUGUCCACCAAACCAGCGCUUAGGAAAGAAAUUUGCAAUUUCAUUGCACAAAACAAAUGGGAUGACGAUAUUUCUAAGAACCGUUUUAUCGGAUCCAAUUUGACGGAAGGAUACGAGGAUUAUGUACCUUUACCACAAGAAGUAUUAGAUUCGGUGGAUUUAUUAAUGCAGGCUUAUGACAAAUACAACGAAGGGUUGGAUACCAUGAAUAAAACUACUUUCAUAUCGUUGAGACAUCAUAUUAUUGAUAUCAUAAUGUGCCCUUUUCAAAACGAGACGGUAUCUUUAAUAAUGAGUGUAUUACCAGACAGGAAUAUUCUAAUAUCUGUUGAUAAAUCUCAAUGUAAACCUAACGGAAUUCACCAAUUAACAGACCCAAAUAUAAGAAAAAUUUGUUACACAGGAUUUGCGUUGGAAAACCUAUUGAUCGACAGUUCGGAAAAUGAAAACGAUUCUCAAGAGCACGAGUUAUAUUAUUCAUUUGUACGUGGGAUAAUAAAUGAUAAUGUCGAAAUAUUUUUCCAAGCAGAAAUGGAUUCUUAUAAUCCUUUAACUAAUAGUUACACAGAGAUUAAAAGUUCUGUUAAUUUCAACCUUAACAAUGCUUAUCACAGAAAGAAACUGCUCCGUAUGUGGGUGCAGACAAAUUUAUUACCCCGCUCGGAUCUUUUAAUUGGGUUCAGAAAUCCUUAUUCCAAUGAACUGGAACAACUGAGACCUUACAAAAUACAGGAUAUUUACCAGAAGGUAAAUAACAGAUCAAUAUUAGGUAGACCGGGAAAAUUUUUCAGAUAUAAUGCUGUAGUAGCGAGAGACUGGUUCCAUCAUAUCUUCUCUAUUUUGAAAACAAACUUGCUGUCUUUGGCUGAACCAGACAAAUUGUCGUCUUUUAAAGUACAAUUGGAUCCAAAUUUGAACCUCUCUAUUACACCUACAACUCAAUCCAUUAAAGAUUUAAAGAUACAAGUAUAA